AUGGAGGAAGAAAGACAAAGAGAUUUAAGAGUCCCUUUGAUCUUUGGGCUAUUCUUUGUUUCAUGUCUAACUGGUGGAAUACUCCUCCUAAUGUGGGUAUUUGAAAUCGAUGGUUCACAACCUUGGUUCGCUAGCUUAUCAAUGGUUUUGAUAAGCUUUCCAUGGGUUUUCUGGUUUCUAGCAUACAUCUAUACCUUCAUGAAAGCUUGCUUCCGGAGAGGUGGAUGUGUUGAUGGCCACAAUGUCUCAAAACAUGGAAACCACGCAAAACCUGUUGCCACUACCACAACCACCACGAACAAGAAUUCCCCACACGAUUCUCCAGUGAAUUCUCCCAAUAAUCAACGACAAGUGCAUUUUGGGGAGGUAGUUGUCAUCGGUGGUGACGAUAGCAGCAAAGGCAAGAACGGACAACAUGACGGUGCAUGCGAGUCAUCAGUUGCCUCUUCUAGGGAAUCUGAAACGCCAUUAACCCUAUCUGUCUCAUCUUGA